GCAAGCUCUCCCGACUCCCCCAAGAACAAGGCGGACUCACUCAGGACACCAUCACCCGACUCGCGCCGGAGGUCGGCCUCACCGGAAGUGAAGAGGGAUGUCCUCCGUUCGCUUGAGAACAGAAAGGAUCUGUCGCAGCCGAUGUCCGAGGUGAAAAGACCUGUCGUCCGGGUACCAUCGACCGACGUCAACAAGGCCAGUAAGGUCAUCACAUUCAGCUCCCCGUGUUCGACGCCUCCAGCGUCGGCAUCCCCAUCCCGAAAGGAGAUCCUGGACAGGGAAAACACGGCGAGGGUCGAUUCUCAAUCUGGGUUCGAUUCCAGGCAGGGUUCCAGGCUUGAAUCCCGCCAGGAGUCGAAGCCUGGCUCCAGGCUGGACCUGCGGUUGGGGGGACUGGCCAUCAGCCCAAACCUCAGUGCGUCGACCAGCCCAGCCAGGAGCGCUCGCAGCCUGAGCCUGCGGAGCACCCCUGCGUCCGAGGUGGACAGGCCUCGCACCGUGCUCGUGGACUGUUGGGGCCAGGCCAAGUCCGUGCCAGCGCACCGUCCACCGGUGCCUCCGGGUCCGCCCCGCCGGCGCCAGCCGCGGCCGCCGUCCUCUGGCACGCCCUCCUCGCUGUCCGAGUCGCGGUGCUCGUCGCGGAGGUCACGGCGGCGCGCCGCCCGGCCCGGUCUCUCGCGCUUGAGCAGCAAGCGCGCCCUGCUGCUCAGGGGCCUGCGGGGCUCGACGACGGCAUCCUGCCCGUCGCCGCGCAAGGCGACGUCGUCCGCGGCCGUGUCCGUCGUGGUCCAGGACUGCGACAGCGGCCGGGGCAGCAGCACGUUCCACAGCUGCGAGAACGCGCUGCAGAGCCUGCGGGCCUCCGCGACGGCCAGUCGCCUGGGCACCGCCUCGCCGAGCGACCUGGGGUCCUGGCUGCCCGGGAGCGUGUUGGGGCUCGGCCUGGGCGACGAGGUGCCCGAGCACGACCGCCGCAUCUUGGAGAGCAUGGCGAUGAAGAAGCAGCAAGAGCGGCGCGACGAGGAGGUGGCGCACCGGGCGCACCAGCUGUGGGAGCGCGAGCGGCGCCAGCGGCGGCAGGAGGAGGCGGAGAGGGCGGCAAAGUGGCAGGCCAGCGUGAACGCGCGGCGCCAGUGGGAGGCCAAGGAGAACGCCCGCAGGAUGGAGGCGGUGAAGCGCAGCCUGCGGCUGGCGCAGCAGAGGCUGCGGGAGAGCAUCCGCCUCAAGGAGGAGCGCGUGCAGCUGCGGGUGCUGGAGGAGGACGUGCAGCGCAUGGUGCUGCAGGGCGAGCGGAGCAAGGAGUACGCGUCGCGCCGCCUCGAGGUGGAGGAGAAGCUGCUGCACAUCCAGGAGGGCGAGACGAGAUACCGCAGCAUCCUGGACGAAGAGCUGCGCUCCCGCCAGGCGGAGGCGGACCGCCGACGGCAGCGCGCCACGGAACAGGAGCGUCUGAGGGCGGCGAGCGCAAACCGCGAAUGGGAGCGCUGCCGCCUGGAGCGCGCGUCCGUGCUCGCGGUGCAGGCCGAGGAGAGCACGCGCGUGCUGAGGGCGUCGGCCAGGGAGCGGCACCAGCGCGCCGCCGCCAACAAGGGCAGGAUCCGGCGGCGGCGACAGCAGCGAGCGCUGCAAGCCAGCCUGGAGCGGGACGCCAAGCACUCGGACGCGCUGGCGAUGCACGCCGACCUGGAGCACGGGCUGCAGCUGUGGCGCGAGCGCUGCGCCGCUCUCCAGGAAGGGGCCGCGCUGCGCGCCCAGGAGCGCGCCCGCGAGCACCGCGAGCACGUGCGCGCGCGCCUGCACCGCAGCAACCAGAAGCGGCGGCGCCACCACCGCGCGCUGCACGCCCGCGUCCUGGCCGAGGAGGAGAGCCGGCGGCGGGCGCAGCGGCUCGAGAUACGCGACAAGGACCAGCGCAUCCGGCAGCUCGGCCGCCUCAAGGAGCUCGCCGUCCAGGAGUCCCGCGAGCAGGCCUUCGCCACGGCCAGCCUGCGCGAGGAGCUGCGGAGGGCUUUGUCGCCAGAGACCUUUGACCGCAAGGCCGCCAGAGUGCAGCUGGAGAUGCGCGUGUCGACGGGACGCGUCUGCCCGUCCAGUCUCAGCCCCAUCCCCACCAACCGGUCUCACAUCCACCUGGGCUGAGGAGGGAGGACGUCCAACGAAUCAAUUCUAACAUCGACUAAAACUGGAUACUUUUAUGUUGUGUUUGUUUUCAGCAAAUGCAAAUACAUUUUCUAAAAAAAACA